GACAACAGGCUUGCAAGCUCUAUAUAACAGGAACUCUGAGAAGAGGAAGGUUGUUCCUGCUGGAGUCCUCAGCCCUGUUGACAGCUGCAUUCAUUCAUCUAGGAGGAAGCCAAAAAGGGAGACGCUUGACAGGUUGGAUACCCAGCACAAAGGGACGCUGCCAUGUCUCCCAGGAGCCCUCACCGUAGGGCCCUUCUUCUCCUGCUCGUCAUCAUGGCCACCACCCUUCUCCCAUGGAGCCAGGCUACAUCUUACACUGACUUCCUGAAGAGGCACCAGGACAACCCGAAAUCUGACUUGCAGAGUGACAGCACCUACUGCAACCUGAUGAUGCAACGGAGACACCUGAACUGCCAGCGAGGCAACACCUUCAUCCAUGCCAGCGAACAGCAGCUGACUUCCAUCUGCAAUUCCAGAGGGAAGAACCUAGAUGGGAACCAGACCAGCAAGACCCUCUUUCCGAUCACCAUCUGCACCCGGGGGAAAGGCCUCCGCAGAGUCUUCUGCAGGUACAAGGGGAAAAGCAAAAUCAAGAGGAUCCGGGUCACCUGCGAGAAGGGUCUCCCUGUCCACUACAUUUCUCAUGCUUAAGCCUAGCAGUUGGAACAGGCCAGGCUGCUGAAAGAAUCCUGCUUUGCCUUGGCCAUUGCUCUUCAAGCUCAUCUACCCAGAGCAAUUUACAAAGCUGGCCCCAUCUUGGCUGCUCCCUCCUGCGUGCUAUGCAAAUUAUACCCUUCAUGAUGUGUCCUGUUUCUCUUUAUUCUGCACAGAACGUCACACAACUUUAAUUCUGUCUUUAAAACAACGGCAGUGGUGUUUCUUUAAAACUCCAGAAUGUGUCGAUCCAAAACAGUCUGCAGCUUGCUUGCUAGUUUCCAUUAUACUAGUUUCCAAAUCAAGGGAAGCAGCCUCCACUGCCACCUGCCUAUGCAAGAUGGUUCAAGAAGGAAGGAAGGAAGGAAUGGAGGAAAAAAGGAACAGAAAAGAAGAGAGGAGAGGAGAGAAAACACACACACAGAGAGAGAGAGAGAGAGAGAGAGAGAGAGAGAGAGAGAGAGGAGAAAAAGACACUAUAUUCAUAAAUCCGUAUCAGAAUGUAGCAAAGCUUGGAAGAGCUCAACAUUUGAAGGGUUCACCAGUGUUUGCCAAACCCUUAAUGCUUUGAAUAAUAGAAUAAUAGAACUGUAGAACCCUGAGGGUCCAGUCCAUCUUCGACAAUGAAGGAAUCUCAACUAAAGCAUCCAUGACAGAUGACCAUCCAACCUCUGUUUAAAAGCCUCCAGUGAAGGACUGCCCAUCACCUUACAAGGUAGUCUGUUCUGCUGUCAAAUAGCUCUUACUAUCAGAAAGCUCUACCUAACCAGAACCUCUUUUCUUGUACUUUGAAUCCAUUGGUUUGGGCCCUACCCUCUGGAGCAGCAGAAAACAAGCUUGCUGCAUCUUCCAUGUGACGGCUCUUCAGUUGUUUAAAUAUGGCUCUCUUCCCUUCUCCAGGCUUCCGUUGAAACUUUUUAGCCAGCUAGCUUUUAAUUAGGUUUUGAGAAGGUUGACAGGCACAUAUUCUUGAUUAUCUUCUUCCAUGCCUGAAUUUACAGCUUUGCUAAAAUAAAACUGGGCUUCAUUCAAGCAUGAAA